GGGUACGUCACGCCUGCGUCAGGGGUCGAAGUUGAGAGGAGACGUAGGACGGCUCGUGCUUGGACGGUUCGCGGGAAACGUCCCAAAACAAACCUGCUGAGGCGGUGAGCACGCGACCACACUUCAGACGGAGGAUCGGUUAAUCGAUUAGUGCGAGUGAUCGAUGUGAUUUAGAGUGACGUCUCUUUCAAACCCGAGCUGUUACUGAAGGUUUUACUCCGAGGGUUUAGCGGGAAACUGAGCAGCUAGCUCCGUUUGUUAGCUUCGGCUAACCCGUUAGCAUCUGUAAAUAUCAGGAGAAACAUGGCGGAGAGGCCCGAGGACCUGAACCUGCCCAACGCCGUCAUCACCCGGAUCAUCAAGGAGGCGGUGAGUGAACUGAGGCCGGGUUUACAGAACCUGGGUUUACAGAACCUGGGUUCGGAACCGGCAGGUGGGUUCAUGUUGGUGUCUGAGUGUAGGAUGGAAGGGUAAGGUCCCGCCUCCUCCGCCUCUGAUUGGCUGUGAAACGUCAUCAUACGCUCAAACCGAGCGCGCGCUGUUGGUUCUGUACAUCCAACAGAACAUUAUAGAACAUUAUCGGGAUUCUGGAUAUCCGAACCUUCACCCGAACCCGACAGACGGUGGCGUUUCACAGACAUAAGGAAUAACCAAUCGGAGCCCAGCACUUCUAGCCAAUCAGAGGCGAAGGAGGGCGGGCCCUUCCCCUACCAUCGUACGAAAAUAAAUCCUUCGUCUGGAUGGACAAAGAGACUGAUCUGAACAGGAGGAGGAGGAGCAGGGGCGAGUCUAAGGGGGAGGCCGGGGCGGGGGGACUCUUAAGGUCAUGAUAUUUUUGACACAGACGCUCGUCCAGAACUUUGAGUUUAGUAUUUUGGAUCAUUUCUCUGCUCGGCUGUGAUUCAUUUUAAAAGGUUAAUCAAGAGUUUGUAAACGAGUCAAACUCAUGAAUGACACGGGAGUUUGUCAGGAAGGUAGAUCAGAUCAGAGACAGUCAGUGAUUCAUGUGUGUGUGAGCGUGUGAGGAGUGCGCACACACACACACACACACACACACACACACACACACACAGAUACUUGUAUCAGUCUCAGAUAUAAACUUCCUGUCAGUUCACUGAGCGGUUCUGUCUGUGGUUCUGGACUGGAUCACAGGCUCUCGUUGAUGACUGAGGAGACGCUCGUUUGGAUGAGCGUGUCUUGUUCUGUUUCUUCUGAAGAAUUCCUCUCAGAUUCAUUUGGUCACUCGAUUUAGUUUGUGAACGACGGAAACAAAGAAAAAAACAAACCAAAUGUUUUAAAAUCUUCAUGUUGUGCAGCUAAAAGAGACUGACUGAAUGAUAACCUCCAUCAUCCCCUCACCCCGCCUGUUUCCUGAUGAAACGUGUCUUCACUCCUCCACACCGUUUGUUUUCCUCACAGCUCCCAGACGGGGUGAACGUGUCCAAAGAAGCUCGCAGAGCCAUUUCACAAGCCGCCAGCGUGUUCGUGUUGUACGCCACGUCCUGGUGAGACCAAAAACCCGCAUUUAAAGUCUGACAAACUCUGAAUUUAUUCAUAAAAAUCUUUAUAAAAACAGAGUUCUUCGUCUUCCGUUUCAGCGCCAACAACUUCGCCAUGAAAGCGAAGAGGAAAACUCUGAACGCAGGAGACGUCCUGGCUGCCAUGGAGGAGAUGGAGUUUGAGCAGUUCCUGGAGCCGCUCAGAGAAGCUCUGGAGGGUCAGUACGUCAGAGGAGCUUCUAGAAAAUAUCAAAAUAAACACACGAGUUACUGAAGGGUGAAGGUGACCGAGUCUGCAGAAACACUCUGAAGGUUUCCUUUUAAAUGAUCAUGUUUAAAAUAAAAACCUGAUGUCUUCUAUGGAAGAGAGUUUGGAUCAUAAUUUAAAUAAAAAUGAACAGAAAUGUGUUUUCAGAUAAAAAUAAAUAAAUAAAAUUAAAAAUAAAUAAUCUGAACUUUUUCAAAACUGAUCAUUCAAAUGUAAAAAAAAACUCCAUUUGAGAUUUAAUUUUUUAAAAUAUGCCCCAGAAAAUAUGAACCAAAAAACUCCAUUUGAAAUGUUAAAUCUGAAAAUAAGAAAAUGAAAAUGCAGUUUGUUUUAAUUAUUCUUUAUUUCUGAUUUAAAUUAUUCAGUUUUGACUUUGGAACAGAAAAGCCGAACUUUGAAUAUUGAAUAUUUCAUAUUUUCUGGGGCAUAUUUAAAAAAAUUAAAUCUCAAAUGGAGGUUUUUUUUACAUUUGAAUGACCAGUUUUGAAAAAGUUUGAAUUUUUUUAUUUUUAUUUAUGAGUCAAGAAGUGCAGGUACAUUCUGAAAACACAUUUCUCUUCGUCUAUUUUAAAUGAUGACACUAAUUUUCUUCCAUAGUCUUGAUCUCUGUGCGCUGUAACAGUCAGACUGGGCUGAUGCUUCUGCUGAAUGAUCCUGUAUUAGUAUUAAUCCUUUAAUAACUGCGGUGGGAGGGAGGGAGGGGGUCCCAUGUUGGUAUUCUUUAGGGAGGAGCAGGAGUCCCUUCAGAGUAACACGUUCGCUCAGGACUCGCGUUUGUGUUUUACAGUUUACAAGAAAGGCCAGAAAGGAAAGAGAGAAGUUUCUGAGCAGAAGAGAAAAGACAAGGAGAAGAAGAACGACUCCGAGAACGACAAGAGCCGAGAGGAGGACGAGGAGGAGGAGGAGGAACGCAUGGAGGAGGAGCCUGAGGCUGAGAACGAAGUGGAGGAGGAGGAGGAGGAGGUGGAGAACUGAUGAAGCUCUGAUGAACUCUGAACUUCUCACAGACAGGAUGUGAUGCGUUUAAGUGCUGCUGGGUCAUCAAAGAGCCGCCAUGACAGUGAUCACAGGUAACCGAGUUCAGGGGACUCUUAUUUUGGCGGGGCGGCAGCUGUCUUCCAAUGAGAAACAAAAGCACCAAGUCCAUCAGCACUUCCUCCUUUUUUUAAAAAAUAUUUCUGCUUCUUCUUCUCCUCAUCCAAACAACAAACAUCAGUUUUAGAAAAAUGCUUUUCCACCAGUCGACCACAAGAGGGCGUGAGAACCCCAUCAGGUUAAAGACUGCAGAGUCUGAGAAAUGUGAACAUGCUCCAAACUUUGGUCAGAAAACGUUUUUGGGUUGAGAUGGAGGAGUGUUUCCUCAGACACACAGAUCUAGAGUGUGGACAGCCUGAGGGGUAAAUCUAGGAUGUUUGUUGUCUGGAGCGGCUUUAGUGUUUCAGAGCGUCACAGUCAAAUGUUAGGAGCUGUCGGCCUUUUCUAGAUCUGAACUGUUUGUACUUUUGUAGAUUUGUUUUUGAUGGUCCAGAUUGUUAAUAAAAUAUUUUGUAUGAAAGUUAAA